CAUUCAUGUCAUGCAUGCAUUCAUAUGACAAUCACUACGACUUUCAAAUUGACUGUCUUAAAUAGCAACUAGGUACACUUCAACAACUCGUCUAAUACUAACUAAUAUUAGGUAUAUACACCCAGCUCCCUUCAUCGUUCCUCGCUUCUGUCUUGAGACCCGGGAACUAUUCUAAUCAGCUAUCCUCCCGAGCCAAUAAGGGUCGUGAAUGCCUCAUGAUCUAACAAAUAUUUCUCCAUCAUCAUGUAUUACGAAGUUCGGAUUUCGCAACCAACAUAACUGAUACGCUGUGAAUGUAUCCAUAGUCUCGGCUUACUAUACGUGUAGUACUCUGCCUCAACCCCGCGUUGGGGGUUUUUAUCAUUUUGUAUAAACCACAAGUCUUCGUACUUGAUUAAUAGUGAUAUAAGUAUUUUUCCAAGGAACAGACAUCAGCAGACAUACAACUAGAUGUCAGAGACAACAUACUCAUAAUUCAAAAUGCCUUCAGUCAUAAUUCCAAAGGCUUUGGACCCAGGUGCCACAAUCGCCUUCAUCUCACCCUCGGCUCGACUUAAUGACCAAUAUCCUGCCGUCAUAUCCCGGGCUACCGCCGUACUCAAGGGACGCGGUUACAACGUUCGAGAAUUCUAUAAUAAAGAUACAGGUAUUCAAUCAUCCAUCACCAACCGCAUAUCCGAGCUUCGCGCCGCAUUCGUAGAUCCUGAAGUUUCCGCCAUUAUUUGCACCAUCGGUGGGCCAGCCUUUACGGAGUUACUCCCGGGUCUAAUUGCCGAUACGGAUCUUCAUAGUAUCAUCCGUGCCAACCCCAAGAUCGUCGUAGGUUACUCCGAUAUUACCGGUUUGCACUGGUUUCUACACGCACUUACGGGCCUCCGUACCUUCUACGGGCCAGGUGUCAUCCCGGAGCUCGGCGCGUCCGAAGCAGUUGACGACGAAUCAUUGCCGCUCGCAUUCUGUAUUAAACACCUUUUCCGUGCCAUCGCGGAUCGCCAACCUAUCGGCGACGUCCCGCGAUCGCCAACGUAUGCGCAUAAGCACCCUUCUUGGUUCCUCGAUCCGGCGUCUAUACAUAAGACAGAGCUCGUCCCUACUCCCGGCUGGAUAUGGCUCCGGCCAGGCAAGGCGCAGGGACGGCUCUUCGGCGGCUGUCUAUCCGUUAUGGCACGUCUCAGCGGAGUGCGACCCAUCGUUCCGGAUUGGCGGGGCCGGAUUGUAUUCUUCGAGACUGCUACCGGGGAAAAGUUUGGAACGGGAAACCCGAUCGAUCGGGUGAAGGCUGGUAUUGCAGAUCUUAUUGCCCAGGGCGUCUUUGAAGAAGCCGCGGGGUUAGUGGUAGGGCGGCCGUUCGGGUACGAUUCUACGAAGCAGAGAGAAAAAUAUAUCAGCGUCAUCAAAGGUCUCUUAUGUGACGGUCCGCUUUCUAAGCGGGAAUUCCCUAUUCUAUUUAAUGUUGAUGUUGGACAUACAACUCCGAUGGUCACCUUGCCAUUCGAUGCGCUGGCUAUAUUAGAUUCAGAAAAAGAUCAGUUUGCUAUUCAAGAGUCGGGAGUUAUAUGAGGAGGCUACGGGCUUUAUUUCGUCAGGUUACCUUUAACCCCUGAAGUACCUCUUAUAUACAGAUCCGACCUUGUAAGUUUCGUUAUACCUAUAUCCAAAACCAUACGAGCACCACAUUCUCCCUUCCCCUUCUUCCCUUUCCCUCUACGAUCUCCUAAGGUUUAGGUAAUUCCGUGGCUUUAGCUACAGUUGCCUUUGGCGUAGUAGUAGGAGGGGAGGGUGGAGGAGGCCCCGUGGCGUUGUCCGCGCAAUACCAGUCACCAUGACACCAGCAUCCCUCAUCGCAAGCAUCGCACAACUCUUUGCUCGGCGGGUCUUGUGUCCACGUGUCGCCGAUAUCUAUAAACCCGCACGAAGAGCUUUCACGCCGGCAGUAAAGACAUCGGUUGCAGUCGCUGCUUACUAGCGGUGCGCUGCAACCUUGGUUGCAAUACCAGCCGCAAGAUUGGCAGUCCUCCGCACAGCCGGAUUGCUGCGCAAAGGCGGCAGGGAGGAGGGUUGAUAGAGUGAGGAGAUGAAUGCGCAUUGUGGUGAUAGUUGUUUAGUGUAGAGGAUGGUAUGGCAGCAUAGCAUGUAAUAUGUCGAAGGUAAGACAUAGAACGAACCAAACACCCCCCCUCCGUCCUUUUUUAUAAUAGACAGACCUACAUCAGCAACUGCAUAUCAUUAUCAUUAUCGCA